AUGGCCGACUACAAACAUUCCCUUACUGUACUUUUUACGCUCCUCUUUUUCAUUACCUGUUUUACUACAUCUGAACCGUCCUCCCAUGAGCUUUCAGCAAAAAUUCCUAAAAUCGCAAAUAUUUUUCACAAAAUAUUUGAAUCUAUUCAUGGAAACAAAUUAUCGGAGAAUGCACAGGAACAAAAUUACCGAUUGAGUUUUGAUAUUUCUGUUUUUCCAUCGUGCCGUAAAUAUAACAUCAGCGUUGAAAGACUGGAGGCACGCGAUUGGGGUCAAACUUUUAAAUUGACGAUCGAACCGUUUGCAAAAGAGGAGGAGAGUUUCGCCAAAAUUUUCGAGAAUAUGUUUAGCAGUUCUAAGGGCGACAACGACGACGGUGACAAUCAACAUCAUAAUCUCCUACGUCGACGAAUGGAAUGCGAGUUCCAAGUACUGCCCACAGAAGAUAAGUAUAAACUUGUCGUGAAAAGAAUAAAGAACAUCAAACACAAAUAUGGUCAAGUAUUUCGAUUUAAACUCGUGUCGCUGGAUGUGUACGCCAAGACUAUUAUGUACUUUGUUAUUCCAGAAGAUAGAUAG